AUGUUCCGGCAGAUUCUUGUUCAUCCAGAACACCGUAAUUUACAGCAAAUUGCCUGGCGACAGGAGGAAUGCAAGCCGCUGAAGAUCUACCGCCUCAAUACUGUCACCUAUGGCACAUCUUGUGCCCCUUAUCUGUCCACACGAGUCCUAAACCAGUUAUCGGAUGAUGAAGGCAAUGACUUUCCGUUGGCCGCAUCUAUCAUUAAGAACGACUUUUAUGUUGAUGACCUUCUCGCUGGAGCCAACACCAUCGAAACUCUAGUUGAAGCCAGCACACAAUUGGAUGGUCUUCUGGAAAGAGAUCAAACGUCACUACAACUCGAUAGGUCGGAUUCGAUCAAGACUCUUGGCUUACUAUGGUUCCCGGUAGCAGACGAAUUCGGUUUCAAGGUUCCCGAUCUCCCACCUUUGCAGCAUGUUACAAAACGCAUAGUACUAUCGGAGAUGUCACAACUAUUCGACCCCUUGGGUCUCAUUGGCCCCGUAGUAGCAAGCGCGAAGAUGUUCGUUCAACAGUUGUGGCAGGAGAAAUUAACAUGGGACGAAGAGCUCCCCGAAACUCUACGAUCAUGGUGGCUGUCCUUUCGAGCUUCAACAAACAUUAUUCGAGAUCUUCGAGUACCUCGAUGGGUAUUCGGGGAAAAUACCACACGAUUCGAGAUGCACUGUUUUGUCGACGCCUCUUCGAAAGGGUAUGGAGCAUGUAUAUACGCAGUUUCAGAUGGUCCAUGCACGUCUCGAAGCUGCAACUUGUUGAUAGCCAAAUCACGCGUCGCGCCAGUAAGCGGUUAUUCGAUUCCAAGGUUGGAACUCUGUGCAGCUGUGCUGGGAAGUCAGUUGGCUGAUCAUAUCCGGCAGAAUACCAGAUUCAACGCCAAGAUUACCUUUUGGUCGGAUUCAUCGAUCGUGUUACACUGGAUUAGUUCUCCGCCGUCUUCUUGGAAGAUUUUCGUGUCUAAUCGGGUAGCAGAGGUUCAGAAGCUCAGCAAUGGAGCUCAGUGGCGGCAUGUCCCAACACUUGAAAAUCCAGCCGAUAGAAUAUCCCGUGGAGUACAACCGGAGGACAUCAUGCACGAUGCACUGAGAUGGCAUGGGCCGAAAUUCUUGCUUGACGAACCACAAUCCUGGCCAGAUCCUAUAAUUCUGUUAUCAGCUUUUGAUGUUCAACAACAAUCAACUGAGCAACGACAAACGGUUACGCUUUUGUGCAUCACAUCCGACGAUUCGCUUAUUCACGAUUUCUCCCAGCUCUCGCAUCUCCUCAGGAUCGCGGCGUACUGUUUGCGUUUUCUCAGGAACUGCCAGCUGCCAAAGCACGAUCGCAAUGUGGGAUCAAUCACUCCCAUAGAAUAUGAUAGCACCUUAAAAUCUCUGAUCCGAGUAGCGCAAGGUAAAGACUUCCAGCAGGAACUGCGCUUGCUACAUAAGCACAAGGAAGAUCCGCUGGCACUUCGUAAGGCUGAUUAUAAAUCACCACUGAAGGAUCUCGAUGUAUGGGUCGACGACUCCGGUCUUCUCCGAAUCAACGGACGGCUGGCGCAAUCUCGUGGCAGUGUUUUGGCCGAUUCGUGGCAGAAUUUUAGCUCGAAGGACAGUUCACCAUUGCAUGACAUGUACUCGAUUUCGUCCACCAGCAAGCAACCAGUUCAUGGCACCACUACCGACGAACUGUGUUACAGCCACGAGAGAAGAGGUGCUUCGGUAAAGAUCUGGGUCGCAGUGUACGUUUGUUUCGCCGUAAAAGCCGUAGUCCUUGACAUUGUCGCUGGUUUAUCAACGGCGUCAUGCGUCAAUUCGUUGAGGCGCUUCGUGAGUCGUGUCGGGCGCGUCCGUACAAUACACUGUGACAACAGCGCCACGUUCGUUGGUGCGUCACGCGAAGUUAAGGAGUUGCGGCAAGUUUUAGUCGAUCAACUGAAGGGCAUCGCCUAG